GUUUACACUGGGACGUGGAAAGGAUAUUGAAAGCUGCACGCUGACCUUGAGGUCAGGUUGUAGCCGUUUUUUUAAUCUUGUCUAACCAUCCAGUUUUUGGGUCUUUAUUACGAAACUUAAGUAAUUAGUAAUUGAGAAAACAUCAAAAAUAAAACGAAAUGUAUUCUUGGUUAUGUCGUUUACUUAAAAUCUGUUCAUUAACACCUGUGCGGUCAAUUGACUUCCAGUAAAGGGCCAAACAUAAACAAGUGCGAAUCCGACCAAAGAACGUUUUAAAACUUUAUAUUUCUACCAAAAAUGACUUAUCAUGAAAUGUACAGAAGCACUACACUGGGGACUACUCUUCGUGAAGCCCUAGAUGAAAUGCUAGCACAUAAUUUACUACAGCCUGGAAUGGACCACAAGGUUAUGCAGAAGUUCGACCAAUGUAUAAGUAAUGCUUUGGCAAAACGUGUUAAAAACCGUCUUUCGCUUCGUGGUCAUCUGAAUACUUACAGAAACUGUGACAACGUAUGGACGUUAGUGAUGAAUGAUGUGGAAAUAAAGGAUUCAUCUGCUAUUAUGACAGUUGAUAAGAUAAAAAUAGUUGCUUGUGAAGGCAAGAAUGCAAAACCAACUUCCUCAAAAAUAUCCGUAUCCUCAAUCAGUGAUCGUUCAAGGUUAGGUGCUGGUAUAGGCGGUGAGGAUAACGAACAACGCGAAGCUUUUGAUUCUGGGGAUGAGAUGGAAUAACCAGUGAUGAUUACUAGAGUAAUUUAUUAAGGGUGAUAUGAGAAACAACUUGUACAAAUAAUACUAAGAAUACAAUUUUUUAUCU